AUGGAUAGUUGUUUUUCCUCGGAACUUAGUGCUCUAGGAUUCGGUUCAUUCAAGUUCUUUGCAGAUUCAAAAUUUAAAUGGCUUAGACAAUUAAUUAGUGUUAAAACUAGUUCAUUAAGUAAAGUAAAUGAUAAAAAACUAUUUAGGGGAAAAUGCUUUGAAUUGGCUGAUUUACUAAUUAAAUAUAAGGCUCCUCCUGCACAUUAUAGUCAACAAAAGGAAAAAUGGGAAGGAGCAAUAAGAGAUUGGUUCAGAAGUUACUAUAAAGGCCUAAAAAAUUAUGGCGGAUGCUUUAUAAUUUUAGAUAAGGAAGAUAAAAAAAUUUUAGAAUUAAUAUAUGAAGCGGAAGAUUUCUGUGAGGAGAAAAUAAAAAAAAAACCAGAACAUAGUUGCAUUCAGAAAGCACGCACUAAUCCAAAUAAUUGUGAUAGUAAGUGUUCAAAAGAAAUUAGUGAAUAUAACGAGUGGAUUAUAAAGAGAAAGAAUUAUUUUACAGAUAAUAAAGAACAAAUUUAUCAAAAAUGCAGAAAAAGCAAUUCACUACUACCAUUUCCAAAUAUAUCUUGCGAUGUAAGUAAACUUCAAACAUUUGAACAAAUUCCUGUAUGCAAUUCACAAAAGCCCGUUAUACAAGAAAACUCUUUACAAGUACCAAAAGAACAACAAUAUUCAGAUAAAUCUGAAGUUCUCCCUAUACCAGAAUCUCAAAAAUCAACUGUACCAAAAAAUAGUGAAGAAAAUCUAUCCCUACAUCACGGUUCAAGUACAGGUAUUGGAACUACACUAAUCGAAGGUGAUCAAUAUGAACAUCAUGCUGAAUCACAAGAACCAAAACUUUCUGAAUCUUUGGAUUCAGGAAUGCAAUCUCAAAAAUCACCAGAUUCCUUAUCUACUACUGUAAUAUCUGAACAGAAAAUUACUGUAGUUACAAAUUUACAACAUUCAAAUGGUGAAAUAUCAAAUUCUCCCGGAGGUACAGAAUCGCCAGAUUCAACAUUACUAGUAGGUACUUUACCUUCCCAAACAAGUGAGAAAUCAGAAAAAAUCGAUAAAAAUCAAAUUAUUCCUCAAUCUCAAGAAUCACCAGUCAUUCUUUUGUCAUCUCGUGACCCAAUUGAAUUACCUAGAACAGCAGGUAGUAUUAAUGCUACUUAUUUUUAUAUAUAUGGAACAAAUAAACUAAAUAAUAUAUUUAUUUAUAAAACUAUUACAGGUCAAGAACAAAAUUCAUCUGUAAUAAACACACCAUCUAUUUUAAUAACCGUUCUUCUUAUUAUGGCAUUUUCCAUUUUUAUUAAAUAUGCUUUAAUAGUGAUGUUCAAAAAAAAAAAAAAGAUAAAGAGAAAACAAAUGAAAUUCCUUAGAAUACUACUACCUUCUUGCUCUGAGAGAAAAAGAAUAUUUUUAACAAAUGAUCAAUUGGUUCAACAAAAAUAUAAUGAUAAAGAAAUCACAAAAAAAAUAAAAAUACAAGAACAUAACAUAAAACGAAAUGUAAACUCCUCAAAGAGUAAAACGGAAAGGACAAAAACUAUUAUAGAAGUACAUAUGGAAGUACUUCAAGAAUUCAGAAAUGAAGAAUGGGAUUUAAAAAAAAGAGAAUAUUUGGAAAUAUGCUUAGAAGAGUUCACAGAAGGCCAAACUAGAGACUAUCCUAAUUUACGAAGUGACCAACUAUUAGCAGAAUGUACUAAUAACUGUAGAGGAACUAAAGAAUCCAUAACUCUAUGCAAUAAGUGGAUAAAAAGAUAUAAAUAUCUUUCUGAAAAAUUGAAAAAAGAAGAUUGGUUUAACAGCUUGAAAAAUGAGUGGAAAAGAGAACGAGAUUACAUAAAAAGAAGUAAAGAAUUAAAUAAUAAUAUUCCAAAUGACACCCCAAAUAUUUCAUCAUUAGAAACAGAAAAAGAUAUAUGGAGACAAUGGAUAUCAAAGAAGGGUCCGAUUAUAGAGCAGUAUUUGGAAUAUGAAUGGUUUAGUGAAUUAAAGGAAGAAUUACAGAAUACUUUAGAUGAAUAUGGAAAUGACAAAAGAAAAAAUAAUGUAUCACUAAUUAAUUUGAAAGAGUUGGAACAAAAAGGAAGUAGUGAAGAACUAUAUAAAAACAUAAAAAAAAAAUUACUAGAAAAACUGUGUAUACUUGUACUUAUGACAAUAUUAGAAGAAUGCAGAAAGGAGGAGAAUACAGAGAAUAGUGAAUCAUAUUUGGAUAAUUCCAUAAAUGAUUGCAAGUUAGGAAAAAAUAUUGAUGGAAAUUCAGGAAUUACAGAAAACAUAAAUAAAGAUAUAGGAAAUGUUUUGGAGUACAGGGAAAAUAAGGAAUCUUAUAGCAAUAAAGGAGAAGAGCCUUUUAUACAGGAACUUAAUGAUUGGAUAAGAGAAGAAAAUACAUAUAUAAAUUUUAUAAACAAUUAG